AAAUUUAAAAGGGCGUGGACGUAGCAACAGGCCGUCCGCAUCCUCUGUCUCUCUCUCUCUUCCUCCUCGCCUCUUCUUUCUCCUCCCUCUUAAAGCUCUCUCUCUCUCUCUCUCUAGGACUCUCUCUGUGUCUCUCUUUCUCUCUUUGUGUGUGGGUGAGGCAGCGGAGGUGGGGAAAGCGGGUUCCGAUGGCCGCCGACGUGAGCUUCGUGUUUGAAGCGAUGAGGAAGGGAGGGAAGGACGAGGCGGUGAAGGCGGAAGGGGGCGGUGCGUUGGUGACGAGGGAUCUGCUCGGAGGUUGCUCGGCGAUGAGAUCGCCGGAAUUGGAUCUGGACUCUAGGGUGCCUUCCGGAUGGGAAAAGAAGCUCGACUUAAUGUCGGGCGAGAUCUACCUUCACAGAAGCGCCGUCACCGACGAAGGCAAGGCCGUCCACGACCUCAACUUCCCGCCUCCAUCGUCGUCGUCGUCGUCGUCCUCUUUCUCUGUAAAGCCGAACGACUUCCGCGGCCUCACCGCCGGCAACCUCGACCUGACCCUCAACCUUCCGUCCGCCAUUAGCAACCACAGCGUCUGCACCCUGGAGAAGGUCAGGUCCGCCCUGGAGCGUGCCGAGCGUCGGGCCGCCGGCCGGAAACGCACCGAUGGUUCGCCCUCGUCUCCUGCGACGUCCACGUCCACAGCCUCCGCCUCGUCGGACAGAUCCGGCGCGUCAGACGAUAGGCCGGCGGGAUCGAGGGUGGCGGCGGAGCAAGAGCGGUCGACCGAACCGAUGUUCGCCGCGGGGUGCCCCAGCUGCCUGCUAUACGUGCUCAUCUCCGGCAGCAACCCGAAGUGUCCGCGCUGCGGCGCCGUCGUGCCGUUGCCCUCCCGAGCUUCCCCUGCAAAGAAGCCUCGCUUAGAUCUCAACUCUUGUACAAUCUGAACGGCGCAGAAUGAAUUGGAAACGAAAAAAGGGAAAAAAAACAAACACUUGUGAAACAAAGCGGUAGAAAUAUGAAUUUUUGUUUAGGGGAGAAUUCAUGAUUGUUAUAGUUCCUUAACCUCCUUCUGUAAUGAUUAUUUGGAUUAAUCAUGGAAAAAUAUAAAUAUAUUUAUAUAUAUAUCUUUUAUUCCGUA